CGCCCGGGAGCUGUGAGGCUGCGGGAGCGCUGCAGCAGUAGCCGCCUCAGCAGCCGCGGAGCCGCUCGCUUCACCUCCGUCGUCGCUGAGCCGCUCCCGGCCGAGGAGGCUGCAGCCGAAGCCAGGAGCCCUCAGCCCUCGCCUCGAGCUCGCCGCCGCCCUCCGAGGGCGCCCCAGGCCGCGCCAUGGUGAAGGUGACGUUCAACUCGGCUCUGGCCCAGAAGGAGGCCAAGAAGGACGAUCCCAAGUGCGGCGAGGAGGCACUCAUCAUCCCCCCCGACGCCGUCGCGGUGGACUGCAAGGACCCAGAUGAAGUGGUACCAGUUGGCCAAAGAAGAGCCUGGUGUUGGUGCAUGUGCUUUGGACUAGCAUUUAUGCUUGCAGGUGUCAUUCUAGGAGGAGCAUACCUGUACAAAUAUUUUGCACUUCAACCAGAUGACGUGUACUACUGUGGAAUAAAGUAUAUCAAAGAUGAUGUCAUCUUAAACGAGCCUUCUGCAGAUGCCCCGGCUGCUCGCUACCAGACAAUUGAGGAAAACAUUAAGAUCUUUGAGGAAGAUGAGGUUGAAUUCAUCAGUGUGCCUGUCCCAGAAUUUGCAGAUAGUGAUCCUGCCAACAUUGUUCAUGAUUUUAACAAGAAACUCACAGCCUAUUUAGAUCUUAAUCUGGAUAAGUGCUAUGUGAUUCCAUUGAAUACUUCCAUUGUUAUGCCACCCAGAAACCUACUGGAGUUACUUAUUAAUAUAAAGGCUGGAACCUAUUUGCCUCAGUCGUAUCUGAUUCAUGAACACAUGGUUAUCACCGAUCGCAUUGAAAACGUUGAUCACCUGGGUUUCUUUAUUUACCGACUGUGCCAUGACAAGGAAACUUACAAACUGCAACGCAGAGAAACCAUCAAAGGUAUUCAGAAACGUGAAGUCAGCAAUUGUGUUACAAUUCGGCAUUUUGAAAACAAAUUUGCUGUGGAAACUGUAAUUUGUCCUUGAACAGUCAAGAAAAACAUGGGAGAAAAAUUUAAUAUUGCAUCAUAACCCCACCCUUUGUAUUUUGUGCAGUGAUUAUUUUUUAAGAUCUUCUUUCAUGUAAGUAGCAAACAGGGCUUCACUAUCUUUUCAUCUCAUUAAUUCAAUUAAAACCAUUACUUUAAAAAAAUCUUUUCUUCUUUCCAAGUGUGGUGUCUUUUAUCUUGAAUUAGUAGUUGUAUGAAGUCAUAGAUAAUAAUACACCAUAGAUCUUAUGUGUUAGGAAGAAUUUAAAUUUCUUUAAAUCAUUUAUCCAGAUUUUUAUGUUUGAAUUAUGCAUUUUCCAGAGGAGGGGUUAUCUAAAGAAAAAUCAUAUAUAUGCAUACGUUAGAAUGGACCACAGUGACUUAUUAGUAGUUGUUAGCUGCCCUGCUACUUAGUUUGUUAGAGCAUUUGAGCACACAUUUUAAUUUUCCUCUAAUUAAAAUGUGCAGUAUUUUCAGUGUCAUAUUUAACUAUUUAGAGUAUGAUUUCCACCUUGAUGUUUUAAUAUCCUAGACAUCUGCUGUAAUAAUAUUUUAGAAAAUGUUUGGAAUUUAAGAAAUAACUUGUGUUACUAAUUUGUAUAACCCAUAUCUGUGCAAUGGAAUAUAAAUAUCACAAAGUUGUUUGACUAAAA